AGUCUGGGGAUCGAUCUCGCCUAUUCUUGGCGGGUUCGUCGAAAGGAUUUCAGGAUUUGACGAAUCGUGUAAUUCUACGUCUUGGAAAAAUGUUCCGUUGAAUUUGAUUCAUUUGAGAGGUAAUGAUUAUAGAAAAAUAUGCUGUUGGACAAACGGAGACUUCUCUAUAAAACACGGAGUCACAAUGUAGAAGGAAUGACACAAGCGGGCCAAGAUGAGUGAACCAUUAUUUAACAGUGCUGUGACAGUGUGUAUCAAGUGCACUGGGCAUGAUGACAGGACCUCAUCGGUCAGAGUUCAGCUGGAAAUUCAAACUGCAUCGUCGCCAUUACAGAGAAAGGAACUGAAUGUCCGUCUGACAGAUGACGCUGAUCCUUUCUUCCUAUUCAACCUUAUGCUUGGAGAAGACGACUUUCAAAGUCUUAAGGUUCAGCAAGGUUUGUUGGUUGACUUCACAGCCUUCCCCCAAAAGCUCAUAGAAUUGCUGCAACGAUGUGCUGAGGAACAGAGUAAAGACGCUCCAAAAUUUGUGUUGCAGCUGAUUCGGUCGGAGCCCCUAAGCCACGGUCUAGCUGAGCUGUGCAUUGUGGAGACCAACCCAUUCAAACAUCUUACCCAUCUUGCUCUCAAGCUACAGCCAGGUGGCGACGCUGAUGUCAAAAAGUACCUGGCGUCUUGCUUGAAACGCUUGCAGGGUGACCAUAACAACCUUUCUCAAAGACUCAAACUGACUGAGUCGACGCUUUCAGGACAGCUCCAAGAGUCUCAGAAGGCACUCUCAGCUCGUACUCGUGAGCUGGAAAGCCUGAGAUCAGAAUGGAGUGCCCACACAGACAGCCUGAAUGCCAAACACAAGCAGGAGAUUGCUGAGAUCAAACAGAAUGCGUUACAGUCUCAGCGAGACACGGAGCAACGUUAUGAGCAGGAGAAGAAGCAAAUGGAAGACAUGAGACAGCAAGGGUCUUCUGAACUGCAGUCUCGCCUAGCUGACCUUCAGACAGCCAAUAAGGAAUUGACUGACAGGAAGUAUCGGCUGGAGUCAUCUGUCAGGGAGCUGAAAGGAAAACUGACAACGUUGGAGGAGGACUAUCAGCGGGCCCAGCAUGAGCUGCAAGCACUGCGACAGCAGCGAGGGAGUCUGGAAUCAGACCAGCGGAGCCGGGAACAGACUCUGAGUCAGCAGCAGACGCGUAUCGCUGUGAUGCAACAAGAGGUGCGGGAUAAGGAGGCCUUGCUAGCUAAGAGCAAUCAACUGAUGGAAUCGGCCAAUGAACAGAAGGCCAAGCUUGAAGAGAGUAUUCAGCACAAGAACAGUCUGGUGGGCAAGUUGGAGAGCACUGUCAAAUCAACAUCACAGGAGGUUAUGAAGGGAAAUGAGAUCAUUAAGAAGUUGCAAGGGGAACUCAAGGCCUCGCUAGCAAAGCUGAAGCUGAAGAACACUGUAACUGGCAAACAGGAGAAGUUAUUGGAGGAGCGUAACCAGACAUUGAGGGCGCUACAACAAGAUGCAGACGGGCUGAAAACAAAAAGCCAACAACUAGAAAAUGAGAAUGACAGAAUGAAAGAGACGCUGGAGAGUACAAGGACAAAACUGGAGGAAAGCCGACAACUGCUGAAAACUAAUGAAAAUGUCAUCAACUGGUUGAAUAAACAGGUGAACGAAGCCCAGAUGAGUAAGCGACAUGGCAUGUUUGAGGUUCCUACAUCCACUGUGGCUUACAGACCCCAAGGGGUUCCUGCAGCAGUGUCCUCCAGCCGUCCAUGGCCCAUGUCUAGCACCCAUCUCACCAACACCAUGAGCACCAUACCCCAGUCCACACCCAUGGGCUAUAACUCUUCUACGGCUAGUGCACCCAGCACCUCCAAACGCAGUGAACCAGCACUGGACCCCAAGUACUUACAGCAUCCCAGCCAGCACCACAGCCAACACCCUGGCCAACACCCCAGCCAACACCCUGGUCAACACCCUGGUCAAUACCCCACCGCAUCUCCCAGGGAUGGAGGGCCACUCCAGAAAUCAGGACCUGUACCGCUUCAGUUGAGCAGCACCCCUAUGGCUCCCACCGCCCCGGCACCAUCCGUACCCCCACUGAUGAGUGCCUAUUUUCCUCCACAGCUCAAAGGGACCACCUGAAGACUAAACCAGGGCCCAAUUUCAUGGCGCUGCUAACCACAGAAUUCUUUGCUUACGACACAUUCUGUGCUUACGACACAUUCUGUGCUAACGACACAUUCUGUGCUUACGACACAUUCUGUGCUUACGACACAUUCUGUGCUAACAGCACUAACAAAAAAUUCUGUGCUAACACUAAGCACAGAAUCCUGAGUUACUGGAAGUACGCAUACAUGUGCAUCCGCCAAAAUUUCUUGCUAACCCGUGAAAUAGGCUUACCGUAAGCACAUAAUAUUCUGCUACAGUAACUAAGCAGAACCAUGAAAUUGAGCCCUGGUUUGGAAUAUUGGUCAUGUGUUUGGCACACGUACAAAGAUUGUACAUGCCAUUGGGUUACUGCAUUGCGUUGGAUGUUGGAACGUUUCUAGCACAAAAUGAUAAGUGAGUUUUGAUAUAUUGACCCAUAGAGGUUAAUGACAUAAGACCUACAUUGAACUCUAACAUUGCCCAAAACUGAUGAAAUCAUCUCCAUAUCUGUAGAGACUACUAGAGAGACAGACAAAUGAAUUAGUCCUAACAGUGUCUAAAACACUCGGAUAUAGAGUCAGAGAACAGCCAGCAUGGAAUUGUCCGUGCAACCUCGGGCUCAACUUUAUUGUAAAUAUUUACAGACACAUAGAACUGCGUACUUAAGAACUAGGCCAAUCAGACUAAAAGGAACACAGAACAGGUCCAGUCACCAGUCUACAAUCAAGUUGGUGCACUGAAAUCUUGUGAAUUGUGUGUCCAUCAGUUCACUUACAACCUAAUAACGCUAAGGAAUACAUGAUGACAGAUAUUUCAUAUACAUGGAUUUUUCAUAUACAUGUAUGUUAUACAUGAGAUAAACAAUCACUUAUUUGUUUGACUGAAACAUUACAUCACGAUGUAGUUUUCCAAUUGGAUUGGAUGCACUGAAUAUUAGAUGUAUUUAACAUUUCAGCAAAUAAGUUUCAUAAUAUAAGAUAAUAAUUGUAUUAUACCUACUUAAUGAACUAAUGAAGUUGUACUUGUCUUUUUUUCCUGAAACUAAAUUAAAGGUAAAAAAAAAACCCCAAAUUUUGAUUUGAAUUUUGUGACAUACAUAAAACCGCUUUUGUGUCUGUGAUAUUUCAGGUAACAUACUUAUUGACUGUAAAAUAUUUUACACUGGACACAACUUUGUAAUCGUAAGCUUUUGUAUGUUCUGAUCGUAGGUUUUGACAUUGUGCAUACUGUACAUUUGCAUGAAUAGCUUGAUUUGUUAAAGCUAUAGUCCAUCAUUUGCAGCUAUCUGAAAAGUAACUGGCGUAAUUAUUGUUGAAAAACAUACUUGGUUGAAAGAUAGUAAGGGGACUAAACUCCCUGUGAAAUUA